AAUGGGGCGGGGUCAGGUAGACAGUCGAAGCCUGAUUUUGAACCGGAAAUGGAGAGUAGUGGAGAAACUAGUCUGGUGAGAAGAGAAUGGAGAGAGAGGCUGAAUCUACGGUAGGAAAAGAAUAAAGAAAAAUAAUGCAAGUGCACUUUUCAGUGAUGGUGAAGAAGGGCAAGCUUUAUUUCAAAAGAGAAUGAAAGAGUUUAAGAGACGGGGAAAGCAGCCAUAUCCUGUAAAGUCUUGAUGGAGGUGAAAGAGGAAACAUUUGAGGCUGACAUGAAUAUCAUGGAGAAAAAGAUUGUAAAUGUUAAAGAGGAGGACUGUGAAUGGGAGCUUGUCCACCCUCAACAGGAGAGUCUGGGCAUUACAGAUGAAGAGUGUGAACUGAGAUCAGUGAGCAUUAAAGAAGAGGCUGAGGAGACGUCUGUCAACAGUGUGACUGACAGCCAUACAAAUGUGGAGAGUGUCAAGGAAGAAGAUCUUCACGAUGGGUAUCAAGAUGAAGUGGUGACCUCUUCUCUAAGCCGACACCAUUCAUCCCAGGAAUCUUUUGUCAUUGUGAUGUCUGAAUCAUUACAGCCUGAGGAAAUUACAUCACCGAAAGAUCAACCACUACCUAAAAAUAAGUCUAGAGAAAGAAACAGACCUUACUGCUGCCCUGAAUGUGGCAAACAGUUCUCACGAACCAGCCAUCUUCAGCGCCACAAGCAAACUCACACUGGAGAGAAGCCAUAUUGCUGUUCUGAAUGUGGCAAACGAUUCUCCCGAACCAGCCAUCUUCAGCGCCACAAACAAACUCACACUGGAGAGAAGCCAUAUUGCUGUUCUAAAUGUGGCAAACGAUUCUCACAAACCUGCCAUCUUCAGCGCCACAAACUCACUCACACCGGAGAGAAGCCAUAUUGCUGUUCUGAGUGUGGUAAACUAUUCUCAGAACUUGGUGUUCUUCGGCGCCACCAACGAACUCACACUGGAGAGAAGCCAUAUUGCUGUACUGAAUGCGGCAAACGAUUCUCACAAACCAGCCAUCUUCGGCGCCACAAACAAGUGCACACAAGAAACGAGCCCUAUCUGAAUGUGGCAAAUGAUUCUCACAAACCAAUGGUCUUCAGCGCUACAAACAAGUGCAUACAAGAGAGAAGCCCUAUUGCUGUUCUAAAUGUGACAAACAGUUGUUAGAAAGGUAUUUGUUUUGGAGCCAUAAAAGAAUUCAGAAUAGGAGAGAAGCCAUAAUGUUGUUCUAAAUGUUGCAGUUAUCACAAAGGAGCACUCUGCGUUGCUAAAAAAAAAAA